AUGGAAGAACGCGGGAGAUACGACGUCCAAAGCAACAGCGAGCCCAAGGGUGCUCAGCAAUCCGACUUUCCACUGUACGAGUACAUUCGACUGAACAUUCUGCUCAACAGAGUUCCAGCAGAUGAUACCUUUGAGGUCUUCUACCGACAGUGCAAGCACUUGAUGAAACAGAUCAAGGAUACUGGAGUCUUGCCCGAUGACCGUACCGACAAUAUUAUUCUCUGCAUGUCGAAAAAGAGUUGGGACUUUGAGGAUAUAUCAAAUCGCUUGAGGCUUCUAGGUGGAGAGCUGACGAAGGAGAAAUUGUAUGAAUGGCUUGUCAGCCAGGACAACGAAGAAGAGAUGGACCAUCACAGUAGGUGUCCCAUAUCCGCUACCUCAGCGCCUUCAGCUUCCUCAUCUACUCCGUGCACGUCUCUACGUGGCGAGAGGCACGCUCAAACUUCUUCUCAAGCCACAACCGAACCGAAGCAAACGCACCCGAAUAUUAUCUUCACGAACGAAGGUCGUCUUGCAACAUGCCAAAGCAUAAUUCACAACACCCAGGAGAAGAUAAUCCACCUGCGACAUGAACAGUUCAACGAUAUUUAUAUGGAGUUCAAGCAGCUGUGCGAGAUCUCAUACGGUGUGGCCAAGGGUGAGAUGGCAAGACUUCUCAUCGGCUACCGCGAUCCAGCACGCGCUGUGCAACUCCACGAGGCCGUAUCUGCCUUCCCGUCCGAAAUUCCAAUACCUGGGCUAGCUAAGACCAUCGAAAUCUUGACAAAAGCCGGGAUAGAAGUCCUCCACAUCUUCCUUGACGUCGUGACCGUGUUCGGUAACUAUCAGGAGAACAACCCAAGGGAGCGCGCUAUGGCUCGGAGGGAAGGCGACAUGAUGAAGAAAGUGUACGCAGCCAAGGAAGCAGAGUGGAAGCGUUUCGAUGUUCAAAUUGCAGGCUUGGAAUCGACCAUCUCCCGCUUCGAGAAAGAAAUCGAGCUCAUCAAGCAGGGCAAGAAGUGGGACACGGAGGCACAAAAAGAGAUGCUGGAGACUGAGAAAGAGAAGACUGAGAAGUUGAUUAAGGAGAUGAUGAAGAAGGAGAGGGAAAAGUGCGAUGCGAUUGGCUGCGAUUGUGUUGAGAAGGAGAGAUUAGGUAAUUUGAUCGCUCCUGGUUUGGGCAGUAAGGCUAGGGAUGAUGUUGAUCGGAAGAAGAUUGUGGAGAUUCUGAACGGUGGGGAGCCGUGGAAGGAGCAGAAUAGUGACGCCUUUUUUGAGAAGUUCAAGGAGCAGCAGUUUGGAAGGAACGGACGAGGACGGCGCUAUUAA